AUGUUGUUCUUUUCGUUUUUCAAAACGCUUGUGGAUCAGGAGGUUACCGUCGAGCUCAAGAACGACAUUGAGAUCAAGGGAACUCUUAAGCUGGUCGACCAGUUCCUCAAUCUCAAGCUCGACAACGUGUCUUGCGUCAAUCAAAGCAAAUACCCUCAUUUGGGGUCGGUGAAGACGCUUUUUAUCAGAGGUUCCACUGUGAGAUACGUUCAUAUGAGUCCCAACCUGGUUGAUUGCACCUUGUUGCAGGACGCUUCCCGUCGGGAGGCCAUGGUUCAAGCCGGCAAGUGA